AUGGCUGAUCGCGAUCGCGAGAAGUAUGUGUACUUUGCCAAGCUUGCCGAGCAGGCAGAGCGCUACGAUGAGAUGGCCGACCACAUGAAGAAUGUGGGUAAUGCAGGCGGCGAGCUCUCCGUGGAGGAGCGCAACUUGCUGUCUGUGGCCUACAAGAACAACGUGGGCUCUCGCCGGGCUGCUUGGCGCAUCAUCACCAGCGUCACGCACAAGGAGACUACCAAGGGCAACACGGAGAACGCCAACUACGCCAAGGAGUACAGUAAGAAGGUCGAGGAUGAGUUGCAGAAAAUUUGCGACACCAUUCUUACUCUGCUGGACAAGCAGCUGAUUCCCAAGGCCAUGUCCGGUGAGUCAAAGGUUUUCUACCAGAAGAUGAAGGCCGAUUACUAUCGCUACAUUGCCGAGUUCCGCGACAAUGACGAGAAGGAUAAGGCUGCGCAGAGUGCAAGCGAGGCUUACAAAGAGGCGGCGAACAUUGCCGAGAAAGACCUGGCCGUCACGCAUCCUAUUCGCCUUGGCUUGGCCUUGAACUACUCCGUCUUCAUGUACGAGGUGUUGCUUAAGCCAGAUGAUGCCUGCAAAAUGGCGCGCACUGCUUUCGAGGAUGCCAUUGCUGAGCUGGACAAUGUGGCCGAGGACUCGUACAAGGACUCGACGCUGAUCAUGCAGCUAUUGCGCGACAACCUGACGCUGUGGACGUCCGACCAGGAGGGAGGACAGGCCUAA